GCGGUCCGACACCGCAAGCUCUCUUCUCCCGUCGGAUUACAGCCGAGGCAGCACGCCAAGAGACGGUUACCAAGCCAUAAAACGUCGAAAAAAGCCAAGACUUCCCAUUCCAGUUACAGAAGGUAACGUACAUUAUCCUGCAGCAUGCCAAAACAAAGUGAGUAGAGAAGAGACCGCUUUAACCGAGAAAUGGAUCAGUCCGUGCCAAACCGUCAGCAAGGUGGAGCCCCUCAGCAUGCUAUACCAGUGGGGGCCUUCAGGCAGGGUAAUAUUCCCAGUAAGGAGAGAGGCAUCAUCAGCGGAGACAAAGUGCAGUUUGGGAAGCUGCGCCGGCCCAUACGUUUGUCCCAGUCGGAGAGUUCUGGGGCAGAAGAGGAGAGGUUGAGCACCUCCAUGGAAGCGCGCGGCUCCUUUGGUCGAAGCCCCGUCCUCCAGGGCAUGCAGGCAGAGGGAAACCCGUAUCACCGCGGCGUCUAUGAGCAGGCUGAAGGCCACUACCAGCGGCGGCUCGCCUCUAACGGCAAUGGGCCGUUGUCGUCAUCUCCGAGGAGUCCAAAUACCAGAGGUUACUUGAGCUUCCAGUCCAGACGCACCCAUGGUCAACAGCAGGAUCAGGGGCACCCAGUCACCACUGUGAAGGCCUCUGGGACCCCCCACCGUCAGUACAGUAGAGGCCGCAAUCGCACCUCCUCUGAGACUGAGCAGGGGGGCAAAGGCAGCAGAGGGCCGACCCAGAGGAGGAGAGGCCUCUCUGAGACGGAGAGCAGGCCUAGAUGGGACAAUACCAAAAUGAGUGGACUGCAGUGCCUCGCCUCAGAGAACAUCUGGUUCGACAAACACAGCUACGAUGAGGCAGAAAAGCGCUUCUACGAGGGAGUCAACGGACCCUCCACACAGCAUCAACAGGUGAAAACGGCCCUGCAACAGGCCAAAGGGCGCCAGCAGAAACGGCAGCACAGAAAUGUAAGUCCUCCUUGUCCAGCUUUGCUGCUCAGGCCUGUCUCAGCCAUGCACGCUAUUGCUUGGGACGAUGAGACUGAUAUGGCGAAGCUGGAGGAGUGUGUGCGCUCGGUGCAGAUGGACGGGCUACUGUGGGGAGCAUCCAAACUGGUGCCAGUUGGCUAUGGCAUCAAGAAGCUGCAGAUCAACUGCGUGGUUGAAGACGACAAAGUUGGCACCGACAUUCUGGAGGAGGAGAUCACCAAGUUUGAGGACUUUAUCCAGAGUGUAGAUGUCGCUGCCUUCAAUAAGAUCUAAGCUCCACCAGCUCUUUCCCGGCUCCACCAAAGUGUUGCUGCUGCUCCCGGCUUUCAGUUAUUAAAUGCUAAGUUUUGAGCACAAA